CAGCCAUUAUAGGAGAAGGAAUCAGGAAGUGCACGUCAUUGCUUGUGGAAGGAGAAUUUUCUAAGGCAAGGUGUCUGAAUCCUUUGCAAUGGGGAGUAGUGAGAGUACACUUAAACAGCAUGGCUAUACAGUCGCGAGGGAACUUGAAAAGGCUGUCCUUGUAAACUCAAAGGAUGGUGACCAGUGUGUCAUCAAAAGAAUUAAUUUGAGAGGGGCAACAAGCAGAAGUCUUACAGAUAUUUGUGAGGCUGUCAAAAUUCUUCAAGGGCUCAGCCAUCCACAUAUUGUAAAACAUCAAAAAGACUUUAAAGAUGCUGAAUAUAUGUAUAUUGUCUCAGAGUAUUGUAGUGGAGGAAAUCUCUAUCAGAAAAUUAAAGAACAAAGUGAGAAAGGAGAACCAUUCUCAGAAGAACAGAUUCUGGAUUGGAUUUUGAACAUCUGCAUGGCAUUAAAAUAUCUCCAUGGCCUGAAUGUUAAACAUGAAGACUUACAGCCUAAAAACAUUUUUUUCACCGAGUACAGAAUGAUUCGUCUUGGAGAACUUGGAGAAUUUAAUGAAAGGCUAGUAGCUGGUGUAGCAGGGCCUACAAAAGAUGGAGCGCUGCAAUACAUUCCUCCUGAGAUUUUGGAUGGAAAGACAUAUGAUGAAAAAAGUGAUAUUUGGGCUUUGGGAUGUGUCCUGUAUGAACUCUGCAUGCUGAAAUGUGCUUUCAGUGCAGACAGCACCGUGAAGCUCAUUCCCAAGAUAUUAAAUGGAUCUUACCCACCUCUCCCACACAACAUCUCACACAAUCUUCAGCAGCUAAUAGAGGAGACCCUCCAGCCAGAUCCAGCAAAACGACCACAUGCUCGAGAAAUUAUAUGGAAGCCUUUUGUCCUUAGUUUUCUUACAGCGAGGAGUGAGAAAACUAUUGAAGGGCUAAAUGAAAACCUCGAGCAGUUGAGAAAAUUGGCUCAUGGGUUGGAGAGUGUUCAUUAUGGAGCAACUGUGGGCAGUCUGACAGGAGGAGUGAUUGGAGCAGCUGGUGGAAUCACUUCAAUAGUGGGAUUGAUCCUUGCUCCCUUCACUUUGGGUGCAUCUCUAAUCGUUACAGGAGUAGGUGUUGGGGUGGCAGUUGCUGGUGGCACAACUGCUGGUAUUUCCAACAUCACUAAUAUGGUCAACCAGUCUACAGACCGCAAAAACAUCAGGAACAUCAUCUUGGAAUUUCAGGAAAAGAUGAACUCUGUGGUUAUAUGUUUACAGUACAUCACAGAAGGCUUGGAGGAGCUGAGACAGCAAAUUUCUCUCGAAUAUGAACAGCAGUCUUCCGCUGGAGAAGAUUUUGCGAGGGUUGGAGCCAGAGUCAGUAGGGGUUUAGGUGCCGUUCCUGAGCUCGUGCGUUUGCUCCAGGUUGCAAACAUGGGAAAGGUGGCAGCUCAGGCAGCCAGGGCAGUGCGUGUGGCUGAGGUAGCAACGGGGGUUUUCUCUGCGUUUUUUGUGGCUCUAGAUGUUUUCUUCAUUGCUAUGGAUGCCAAAGAGAUCCACCACAUCCGUACGAUGAAAGCCACUUUGGCUGAUGACAUGAAGUCUAAACUGACCCUACAGUCCCCUGAAGCAACAGACAGCAAUUCUGGUGCUGACCAAGAGCCAAAGUCAGAAACUAUGAAGUUUGUUAAGAAGAUCAGAGAGACUGCAGAUGAACUCCAGAACAGUUUAGAUGAGCUAAAGGAGAUCAUUUCAUUCAUUCCUAAACUGUACAUGAUGGCAUCCGGCAAUGUGUUCCUGGUAAGCAAACUGCAGUGGGUCCAAUGCUGGUCUGUCCAGGGGUCUGAGGUGGGAGAGGACCAGCAUCUCCAGGGUCUUCAUCACAUGUGA